AUGCCAUACUUCAAGUCGAGCCAGGAAUGGCUUGAGCAAUCCACGCUUCUCCUCGAGGCUAGACCUUCUACCCCCGUCAAAUCACGGAAAAGGAAAGCGGAUGACACCGAUGGAGAUACGCCCGUCAAUGAUGCCCCGAAACCCCCCCGCGGAAGCCUGGUUAUAAAGACAUAUGAUCCCGUCAGUGGCGUCACGCUCAAGUACCGCACCACCAAGGCUGCCGAGGUCUCGCGUCUGGUCUACUCGUCUCUAGGGCGACUGGGCCGGUCAAUGGCUGCCGUGCCUCUCGAUGUUCCGGAGGAGGCCAUGCCAGAUGCCUCCGGUGGUGGUGGUGGUGCUGACGGCGGUGACGGAGACAACAAGGGCAGCGGUGCGGCCACGCCAGCGUCGCAACAACCGCAGGGCCAACAGGCACAACAAGGUGGCGGCAAAAAGAAGAAGAAGGGUAGAAAAUAG